AUGGCCAACGUUGGAUCAUCAAAACCACCCCAUUGGUCAGAAGAGGAAAUCAAGGCAUUGGCAAUUGACUACCGUAAGGUCUCUGAAGAUCCAGUGGAGGGUCUCAAACAAACUGGCGCUACAUACCAUGCUCGGAUUGUUGAAGAAUGGAAGAAGCAAUUCCCUUCCGGUGAUGAUCGUCGUCAUGGAACGUGGUCUGAUCGAAAUGGUGACACAGUUGCCAACUAUUUCCGUGACUCCAUCAAGGCCAAAUGCUCCAAGUCAAACAUGAGGAAAGACAUAAGGAAGUGGCAAAACGGAUCGACACUCUAG